AUGUCGUCCGAUUCAAGUGAUAUCUACUCCCAAAGUUUUAACUUCCAAAGCUUUCUACAAAAUGGUGUUGAUCCUCGUACUGGACAAUACACGGCCAGUAUUGGGCUUUAUGAUGCGCCCUAUAAUACUCGCAACUGCCCAUCAUUCAAGCUAUCCUUGACCUACAAUCCGCUUAAUACAAAUGACGUCGGGUUGGGCACUGGCUGGUCCCUUAAUCUACCCUCCUACAACCAUCGCCAAAGCAAGACUUUGACGCUCUCAACGGGCGAAAGCUUCCAAGCCACUGAAACAACCAGCGCUUUUUCCAUCCAGGACCAAAAGCUCAAAAGCUUCCAGGCAAAAAGAACGGGAUCCGCAGCAGGGUCUACUUAUGAGGUCGCCUACAAAUCAGGACAGGUGGAGAUUCUCUCUGGUUUCAACAAUACCUACAACCAAUCUGUUCCAAUCACGAUUUAUGGCCCAAACAGUCGCUCGCUUGCUCUGGAUUGGAUCCGCAACGGUGAACAGCCGCGAUUGAGCAAGAUACGAGAUGGUGACGAUGACCUGCUGGAUAUCCAGUAUUCCAAUUCCAAUGUGACCAUCACUAAGGCUCCUGGAACUGCAGAGGCCAGCACCUUCACGCUUGUUCGGCGUAAUGCGCAGUUAACCCAGGUCCAACUUCCACUCAACGAUGGCACGCCCCCUUGGCAGCUCUCCUACAAGGUAUUCAACAACGGAAUCACCUGCAUUUCCCAAGUGACAAGCCCUGCUGGCUUGGUCGAAGAGGUCAACUACCAGAAAGACGGUCACAAGCUGCCCGCAGGAGCGCCCAAUGCAACAAUCCCAUACGUGAUUUCUCAUGUGGCGCGCCCAUUUCGCCAGCAGCCGGCCAUGAGAACAAGCUACAGCUAUUCCUCAUUCAACUUUCUAGGUUAUGGGGGGGGCCGACAGUGGAGUGCUAGCGGGGAUAACCUGUACCAGGUCCCCGCAGACUACCAUUAUACGUCUACGGUGCAGGUUGAGGGUGGAACGACUACAAAACACACAUACAACAAAUUCCAUCUCAUCACCAAAAUAGAGCAAAGGCUGAACACAAAGAAGACGACGCAUGAUCUCACGUACCAUGCCACACCAAAUACAGCAUUUGACAAUCAGCCUGCGCAAUAUCUGUUGCCGAAAACAGUAGCAAUCACCUACGCGGAUACAGUCACUGAUUCCAGUCGUACCGAAACAACGACAACCGAGUUUGACGACUGGGGUAACCCAACAACAGAGAUCAAACCUGACGGCCUGACGACGACCCGGACAUAUUACGCGGCAGGCGGAGAGGCAGACUGCCCGGCUGAUCCGCUUGGAUUUCAGCGAUACCUGAAAACGGAAACAGUGACUCCGAUAGCGACGUCUUUUCCUGCACCGACUAGAACCGAGAGGUUUACGUAUUUGGAGCUCCGCACCUCGGACGAUGCGACUGUACCGACAUGCGUUCUGUCAAAAGGACGCGUCACCCUCAAUGGAGACUCGCCGCUGACCCAUGCGGAGUAUACAUAUGUUGAUCAGCCAGGCUCACGCGAUCAUGGACGCCUUCAACAAGAAAGAACUUGGCUAUCAUCAGAGCAAGCUGCUACGACCCAGACAUAUGCCUACGACUAUCCCGACAACGGUACAUUGAAAACCUCGCUCACUACGACCGGCAGUGACGGCGUCUCGGCCAAAUUUGCGCUUGCCCAUUCCUUGUCAUCUGGCCUGAUUACUGAGCAGACGGAUGAUGCUGGGGUCAUGGAUAGUUUCCAGUACGACCUGUUAGGCAGAUUGAUGAGAUCCACAACGGCCGUCGGCUCUGCACAGGAAGCCGUCCGCUACAACAGUUAUACCGUACCUGACGACAGCGAUAAAGGCAUGGUCCUGUCUGUAAUUGAUGCACAAGGUGUUCAAACACAGUUCAUCUCCGAUGGCUUGGAGAGAAUCUGCCAGGUAAAGAGGCAGGACGAUGAUGGAUCGUGGGACACAUCCACUUCCACGUAUUCUGGAACUCUUCGCUCAGUUCAGGAACGCAAUUACAAUUCUCUGGGUCAGAAGGUUGAACAAACUGAGGUUGACUGGCUGCGUACCAAAGAAGGUGAUCCGACGGGAUUACGAACGACAAAGAAACUAGAGUAUGAUGACUGGGGUCGAGUCUCAAAGACGAGAGACACUGGCACAGGCGUCGUGACGAUUUCGGAGUCAGAUCCUAUCAAUUUAAACCAAACAGAAGGGAUCGAGGGGGAAGGCCAAACUAUCACGCAGUUGAAUCUGUCCGGCGUGCCUACUCAGAUCCGGCUGCUGCGUCAAGAUGGAACCGAGUACAGCAAGCUCAAAUACACUUACGACGGUCUCGGACGACUGGUUGAAGAGCAGGAUGCCAUGGGUCGCAAGACCCAGUACAAGUCUGACUCCUUUGACCGAGUCACCACAACGUCUUGGGCGAGUGGCCGGGAGGUCCACGUUCAGUAUACUACCCAAAGUGCCGCGGCGCUGCCUGCUUUGCUUCAGGUCAACGGCAGAAGUCUUGGUGAGCAGGCAUUUGACGGUCUAGACCGCUUGACACAGCGAACACUCGGUGGACGCACCUUGAAGCAAUCCUACCAGGGCAGCACACCAGAGCCGGUACAGGUCUCCACCAACAAAGGCGCCUUCAACCUUACAUACGAACCGGGAAUGCCCCACUUGAUUUCAACAGAUAGUGGCAAAGACAGGAAUGAGACCUACAAAUAUGACCCCAAGACGGGGGUUGCAGUCCAGCUCCAAUGCUCAUCCGGUAACCUAGAGCGCCAACACUUCCCGUCAGGCCUGCUGAAGAGUGAAACACUAGACCUGAGCGAUGGUACCACGUCAUUUUCUACAAAGUCAGAGUACUCAAUGGCUGGGAAGCUGCUUGAAUAUACCGACGUCCAUGGAAAGGGAUACCUAAACUCGUAUGAUGAGGCCGGUCGCCCGAGUUUGUUGACCGUGGGGUCCCUCACGGUCUCUUACACCUACGACAGCGCCAACCGUCUGUCAGAAGCUACAGUCAAAGAUACAGCGCGUGACUCCAGUCUCACAACUCGCCUUACCUACGAUGAGUUCGGUCGGGAGAUCGAGCGGAUAAUUCUGCAAGGGAAGAAGCAGGUGUCUAGGCUGACCCAAUCGUAUGGCGAAACGAGUCUUAUCGCCACGCGUAAAUUAGAAGAUGAUAGUGGAGUGGAACGAGAUGAAUCGUUUGCUUACGACGAGCACAACCAUUUGAUCAAGUACGCUUGUGAGGGAAGCCAACUUUCAAAGGACGAAAAUGGACAUGAGAUACAGACCCAGGAGUUCACCUUCGAUGAGUUCGACAACAUAACUUCUGUUGUAACUGGCUUCCAAGGUGGUAGUCAGAACACUGCAACCUAUUCCUACAGUGAAAAUGAUCCGACACAGCUUAGCCAGAUUGCAAACAGUCAUCCUGACUUUCCGUCCCUGGUCCAAUUGGCAUAUGAUGCUAAUGGAUGUCUUACUCAAGAUGAGAAAGGCCGUACCUUGGAUUAUGACAGCGGCGGUCGCCUGCUGUCAGUCAGAGACAGUGAUGGCAAUCUUGCAAGUGAAUACAGCUAUGAUGCAGCUGGUAGACUGCUCUCUCAGUCAAUUCCUGAUCAUCCAGAUACCUAUCUGUUCUACAGUCAAGAUAAACUCAUCAGUGUCAAGGCUGCCGAUCGCCAAGUAAGCUAUAUCUCUGAUGGCGAUAGGUACUGGGGGCAAAGUACCCAGAACGGGGACGCUACCGAGGUCCAACUGUGGGGAUCUGAUGCUCAUGGCUCUGUUCUGCAGUGGGUGGACACUGCCCAGCCCGACCAGCUUAAUCCACAACAGUACACCCCCCAUGGCUUCAGUGUGCCUGAUGCAUCCUCCUCGAUUGGGUUCAAUGGCCAGUGGCGGGAUCCAGUCACUGGAUGGUACCACUUGGGCAACGGGUAUCGAGUCUAUAACCCGGUUCUGAGGCGCUACCUUAGCCCCGAUCCCGGCAGUCCCUUUGCCACGGGCGAGAUUAACAGUUAUGCUUACUGCCUGGGAGACCCGAUCAAUCGUGUCGACCCGAGCGGUCAGUGGAGCUUUUUUGGCCUUAACUUCAACUUCGGGUGGAAGGACCUCAUCACUGGCAUUUUCGGUUUGAUUGCGAGCAUUGCAGUUGGCGUUCUCACCGCUGGGGCAAGUGUCGCCAUUCAGGUAGGCGUGGGAAUUACAGUUGGAAUGGUGACCAGUGCUGCAGCAGGAGCAGUAGGGGAUUUAGCAGAGGGAAGAACGCCAACAUGGAAAUCGGUGGGGAUCGACGCGCUCAGUGGGCUGAUCGGCGGUGCUCUCGGGGAAGCGGGUGGUCGGGCCUUCUCUGCUGGGUUCAAAUUUGUCGCCAGCUUCAAGAGUCUUAUCGGUCGAGCUGGUUCAUACACGGUCAACGAGGUGAUGGAGACCGGUUUCAAGGCGGCUCUCAAGGAAUCUGUCAAGGAUGCCAUUCCCGGGGAGAUCGUGGGUCAUAUUACAGAUGGGUUAUAUGGCGAGCCACUCUCCGACGCCCUGCAAGGCGAACAAGAUUCGGAUCCCCAGCAGUCCAAGAGCUUAACACCUGCGACCAGCUCGCCGUCUUCGAACAAGCCCUCCCAGAAGGGCCGGCAAGCUGUUACCAGAGAGGCGUCGCUGGCCAGAGACCCCCUCAGGCUUUCUCUCCGAGACGGCCAAGCCACCGUUCCUACUCAUGGCCGUGAUUCCGGCAAAGGUGCAGACAAAUCAAUUCCCAGCAUCUUGAACCGCCAGCUCAAAUGCACCUUUGGGCCUGUUGGUGCAUCGCAGGGAAAACGGCAGACCACAGGGAGUGGUGCCCUUGAGGCUUUGGAAAAGAAGAGACAGGCGUGUGCGUUUGUGAGAAGCCAGAUUCGAAGGCAAGGUGCUUAAUGACAGUUGUGAUAAGAAAAUAUCACGGGUGCAGGCAUGAUGACUGGUCUCGCCUCUUGCGUGCUUAUGAGAUCGUCACGGUGCGGCCGGGCAGUGUGUUGACAGGAAAUCAUCCGGUAAGGUUGGGGUCUGAAUCAGAAGGUGGUGGUGAAAGGGGGAAGAUGUGGGUGGAUGAGAAGGUUACCUUCGCGAGUUGGUAGUGUUGUAUCUGUGUAGUAUAUCCGGUUAGGAGGUUCGUUGAAAGAUAUUUCAUAAAAU